AAAAUGGAUUCUUUAUUUCACGUCCUGGUUUCUACCUGUCUUGCCUUGACACUCUCAGAAGGGUUUCUGAUUAUCCAUGUCCAGAAACAGCAGUGUCUUUCAGAAAAGAGAGGAGUCAUUAUGGAAAAGUGCAAUAUGACAAACCUCAACCAGAAGUGGCGGUGGACAGCAGAUGACAGGCUCCUCCACGUGAAAUCUGCUCAGUGCCUGAGCAUCUCUACUCGCUCUGCUCUGUCCUCUCGCAGCAUCAUUGUUGAUUGUCCCCAGGCAGUCAGGUGGACUUGCCACGAGGACGGGCUCCUGAAGGUGGCAAACAGCUCUCUUUUUCUCACAAAGCAAGGUCAGAAGGUAAUGGCCAAGCAGAGUAAAAAAUACCUUCAUACAUGGAUGCAGCUAGAAGCCAGUGAGACGGGAAAACCUGUUUAUGUAAAUCUGUGCUCAAAGCAAGAUCUCCAGGAUGCAGACACUUCUGUAUGGAGUAGUAGAACCACAUCCCCCUCUUCAAAUGCUGUUACUUCUAGGCCUGAAAAUAUGCUGAAGAGUAGCACAGAGAUGUUCAUCAGAAAUGUGACUGAACAAUUCAGUAAAAAUCCCAUUGAAAAGCUCUACUUUGACUUGAAAUCUGCAGUAACAGAGAAUACCUGGAUUCCAACAACCACUCUUCAAUACUACAGCACUACAGAAGAGGCCGCGCUGGGGCAGGCGGGAUGCAGCGCCAACCUGACGGAGCGGCGCGUCUUCGGGCAGAGCGUCCGGCUGCGCUGGGGCGCCGCGGGCCGCGCCUGCAACUUCAGCCUGAGUGGGCGCUCCGAGGACGGGGAGGCGACCGGCUGCCAGCCCGCCCACGCGGGCAACGGGACCUACGACUGCACCCUGCGGGGCCUGGAGGCCGGGACCUGGUACCACCUCCACAUCGAGCCGCUCUCCGGCGGGGAGGCUCUCAACAUCUCCGUGCAGACAGAUCCCUUGCCGCCAUCUCGUUUGGAGAUUAAUAAGGAAAAGACUACACUCACAAGCUUGGAAGUUCAAUGGGAUCCUUCCUCAGGAAAGGUGGACUUGUAUAACCUAAUAUUAUUUGAUGAUGAUAAUAAAAAGAUACAAGAAGUCUCCGUACCAGGAAGCAUUUCAAAAACAGAAAAUACUUUUUUUAAUCUCAUCCCUGGGAAUAAAUACAACAUUGUCCUCAGUGCAGUCACUGGAAAUAAGACUACCCCAGAACUUCACAUAAGUGGAUAUACUGCCCCUGCUGAAGUCUUAGAUUUGACAGUGACUAAUGAUGACAGCUUAGAUGCUUUAAAAGUUAAGUGGAGAAAACCUUUGGGAAACUUCGAUUUCUAUAAUAUCACUCUGUCUCAUCUUGGAUCAGUUAAAGGAGUCAAAAUUGUGCAGCCACCAAUCACCGAGACUCACUUUGAUAAGCUAACUCCAGGACGUCUUUAUCAGGUUACUGCCCGCACAAUCAGUGGUGAACUGUUUACUGAUGGGAUGGCAACUGGCAGGACAUUUCCCCAGAACGUUUCAGAGCUGCAGGCCACUUCUGGUGGCUGGCUGAGGUCUCUGCGAGUGACCUGGCUGCCCCCUGCGGGAGACUGGGAGAGGUACCACCUGCUCCUUUGGAACCGCACGGCCCUGCUGCUCAACACCACCCUCGAGAAGAACACUACCGAAUACCUCAUCUGCGACGUGGGCCUCAUCCCUGGGAGGGAGUACGGCGUGGAUGUUGUUGUGGAGAGCGGUGAUUUGCAGAGCAAGACUAGUUGCACAGGGAGAACGGCUCCAGAACCUGUUCUCCAGCUCCGUGUGAAGCAUGCUAAUGAAUCUUCACUUAGUGUCAUGUGGAUGACCCCUGUUGCAGAAUGGGACAGCUAUGUGGUUUCCCUGGGAGACAGUGAUCUUACUAUCAUAAAAAAAGAGCUUGACAAAGAAGCUAAGGAAUUCACUUUCACUGGCUUGGUACCAGGAAGAAAAUAUACAGCUACCAUCACUACCAUUAGCGGGACUUUAAGCAACUGGACUUCAGUGGAAGGAAGAACAGUGCCAGCCCAAGUGACUGAUCUGAUUGUGGCAAGUCAGGGAUCAACCAACAGCUUAUUCACCAACUGGACAAGAGCUCCGGGAGAUGUAGACUCAUACCAAGUGCUAUUGAUUCACGAGAAUGUUGUCAUUAAAAAUGACACUGUUCCCAGUGAAACCAACAGAUAUCACUUCUAUGCUCUGAAACCUGGAGGACUCUAUUCAGUUGUUGUCACCACUGUCAGCGGAGGGAUAUCUUCAAGGCAAAAGAUUGCAGAGGGAAGUACAGUUCCUUCCAGCGUGACUGGAGUAACAGUAAAUAACUCAGGUCGCAGUGACUACCUCAGUGUGUCUUGGCUGCCAGCUUCUGGAGAUGUAGACAGUUACUUGGUAACACUCUCUCACCAUGACCAGAUUGUUCAGACUCUCACCAUUCCCAAAUCCUUCAGUGAAUGCUCCUUCAGCAACCUUACUCCUGGAACACUUUACAAAGUGAUGAUAACCACAAAGAGUGGGAAGUAUGAAAAUUAUACCUUCAGCCAGGAACGAACAGUCCCUUCAAGUGUUCAGGGACUUACUGUCAGCAAUUCAGCCAGAAGUGACUACUUGAAGGUGUCCUGGUUACAUGCAUCUGGGUAUUUUGAUAAUUAUGAAGUGAUCAUCAGGAACAACAACGAUUUCAUCCAAACAAAAAGUGUCCCAAAGGAUGAAAAUGAAUGUGUGUUCACUAAUCUGGUCCCAGGGAGGCAGUACAGUGUCACGGUCAGCACAAGGAGUGGGAAAUACGAAACUAGUGAAAGGGUCUAUGGCAGAACAAUGCCAGAGUCAGUGAAGGAACUGACUCUUAGUAACAGGACCACAGAAGAUCUGCAGGUAACUUGGUCAAAGGCUGAGGGGGAUGUUGAUAAAUACGAGAUUCAACUCCUCUUCAAUGAUAUGAAGAUCUUCCCACCCAUUUUCCUUGGGAACACCAUUGAGGAAUAUUGGUUCACAGCUCUGACUCCAGGACGUCUAUACAAAAUUCUUGUCUUGACCAUCAGUGGAGAUGCACAACGUGCUACUUUCAUAGAAGGCCUGACAAUUCCAAGCGUGGUCAGAAACAUUCACGUGUCACCUAAUGGCAUGACAAACAGCCUGAAAGUGAGCUGGACUCCUGGAGGUGGAGAUGUUGAUUCCUAUACGGUGACCAUAUUUCAGCAAAACCAUCAGCUUGAUUCCCAGAGUGUCUCCAAACAUGUUUCUGAGCACACAUUUCACAAGCUGGAAGCUGGGGAGCAGUACCGGGUGGUGGUGCAGUCUAACAGUGGCACCUUGCACAACAGCUUAGCAGCUUUUGGGAGAACAAUUCCAGCCUCUGUCCAGGAAUUAUUAGCUGAUCAUGCUUACAGCAGUCAUUCCUUGUUAGUAACCUGGCAGAAAGCUCCUGGUGUAGCUGAGAGAUAUGACAUUCUGCUCUUGAAUGAACAAGGAGUCCUCCUGAGCAACAAAUCAGAGCCAGCUGCUGCCAAACAGCACAAAUUUGAAGAUUUAUUAGCUGGCAAGAAGUAUAAAAUACAAGUUUUGACAGUCAGUGGUGGGCUCUUCAGUAAGCGUGCAGAAACUGUUGGCCGAACAGUUCCAGCAGCUGUUACAAAUCUGAAAGUCACAGAGAACACCACUGAUCGACUGUCCUUCAGCUGGACCACCUCGCAAGGGGAGCUUGAUUCAUAUGACAUCUUCCUGUACAACCCAGACAAAUCCCUUCAUGACAGGAUUUCAGGAGAGCAGCACCUCCAGCAGUGUUCAUUCCAGAACCUACGUCAAGGCAGGAUGUAUCGAAUGGUGAUUGUUACCCACAGUGGAGACCUCACUAACGAGUCAUCUAUCUUUGGAAGAACAGUACCUGCCCCAGUCGUUGGUCUCAAGGCAUCCAACCGAAACAUGACAGACAGUCUGUGGUUCACCUGGGGUCCAGCAGCAGGAGAUGUUGACUUCUAUGAGCUGAAUCUUUACAACCCAAAUGGGACACAGAAAGAAACCUGGCAAAGGAAAGACCUGAAAGAGUGGCAUUUCCAGGGGCUCAUUCCUGGCAGAAAGUACACUUUGGUUGUGGUGACUCACAGUGGUGACCUGAUCAACACAGCAAACGCUGAAGGAAGAACAGCACCCAGCCCCCCUAACACUGUAUCGUUUACUGAUGUUGCAAACACUUCUUUAUCAGUCACGUGGCUGGGUCCUCCAGACUGGACAGACUAUGACGAUUUUGAGUUGCAGUGGCUUCCAAAGGAUCCCCUCACAGUAUUCAAUCCCUACAGCAGCAGCAAAUCUAAAGUACGUAUCAUCUAUGGCCUGCGACCGGGAAGACUCUAUGAGUUCAGCGUCAGAACCGUCAGUGGUGACAACUGGAAGACAUACAGUCAGUCACAGUCUGCAAGUGUGAGAACGAAACCAGACAAGAUACAAAGUCUUCACUGUCGGCCCCAAACCUCUACUGCCAUCGCAUGUUCCUGGACUCCUCCUGAUUCUGACUUUGAUGGGUAUAGCAUUGAAUGCAAAAAAAUGGACACUCGUGAAGUGGAAUUUUCUAAAAGGAUAGAAAAAGACAAAUCUCUACUUAAUAUCAUGACCCUCGUUCCCCAUAGACGAUAUCUGGUGUCCAUCAAGGUGCAUUCUGCAGACAUGACGAGUGAAGUAGUUGAAGACAGCACCAUCACAAUGAUUGAUCGUCCCCCUCAGCCACCUCCAGACAUACGGGUGAACAAAAGAGAGGUGCUGAUUACCAAAUCCUCCAUCAACUUUACUUUUAACUGCAGCUGGUUUAGUGAUACUAAUGGAGCUGUGAAGUACUUUACUGUGGUUGUGAGAGAGGCUGAUGGUAGUGAAGGACCAAAGCCUGAUGAGCAGCACCCAUUACCUUCCUACCUGGAGUACAAACACAACGAUUCUAUACGCAUCUACCAGACAAAUUAUUUUGCCAGUAGAUGUGCUGAAAAUCCGGACAGCGACUAUAAAAGCUUUGACAUUAAGCUUGGAGGAGAAAUGGAAAAUCUGGGAGGAAAGUGUGAUCCAGAUCACCACAAAUUCUGUGAUGGACCUCUAAAGCCUCAAACUGCUUAUAGGAUCAGCAUACGAGCUUUUACCCAGCUUUUCAGUGAAGACCCGAAGGAACUUCCUAAACCACUCUUUGCAGAUACCUUCUUCUCUUUGCCCAUCACUACAGAGGCAGAGCCUCUGUUUGGAGUUAUUGAAGGUGUGAGUGCUGGCUUGUUUCUGAUUGUGAUGUUGGUGGCUCUUACUGCUUUAUUUGUCUGCAGACAGAAAGUUGGCAGUGGCCAUGAGAGAUCUACAGCAAGGCUGAGCAUUCGCAGGGAGAGGUCACUGUCGGUCCAUCUGAACUUGGGGCAAAAAGGGAACCGAAAAACUUCCAGUCUGAUCAAAGUCAGUCACUUUGAAGCACACUUCACCAAACUUCAAGCAGACUCCAACUACCUUCUGUCCAAGGAGUAUGAGGACUUGAAAGAUGUGGGUCGAAACCAGACGUGUGACAUAGCACUUUUGCCAGAGAACAGAGGGAAAAAUCGAUACAAUAAUAUAUUACCCUAUGAUACAUCAAGAGUGAAGCUUUCCAAUGUGGAUGAUGACCCUUGCUCAGACUACAUUAAUGCAAGCUACAUACCAGGCAAUAAUUUCCGCAGGGAAUACAUAGCAACUCAGGGCCCUUUGCCUGGCACGAAAGAUGAGUUCUGGAAGAUGGCAUGGGAGCAAAAUGUUCACAAUAUUGUCAUGGUAACCCAGUGUGUUGAGAAGGGCCGGGUAAAGUGUGAUCACUACUGGCCCCUCGAUCAGGAUUCCUUGUACUAUGGAGACCUGAUUGUUGAGAUGUUGUCUGAAUCAGUGCUCCCAGAAUGGACAAUAAGAGAGUUUAAAAUCUGCAGUGAAGAGCAGCUUGACUCAACAAGGCUCAUUCGUCACUUCCACUACACUGUAUGGCCAGAUCAUGGUGUGCCAGAGACCACCCAGUCCCUGAUUCAGUUUGUCAGAACUGUAAGAGAUUAUAUCAACAGGACCCCAGACACAGGACCAACUAUUGUACACUGCAGUGCUGGUGUUGGCAGGACUGGCACAUUCAUUGCACUAGACCGAAUUCUGCAACAGCUGGAUUCAAAGGACACUGUCGACAUUUAUGCAGCAGUACAUGAUCUAAGGCUUCACCGUGUUCACAUGGUUCAGACAGAGUGUCAAUAUGUGUAUCUACAUCAAUGUGUGAGAGACGUGUUAAGAGCCAGAAAACUUCGCAGUGAACAAGAAAAUCCCUUAUUUCCAAUAUAUGAAAAUGUGAAUCCAGAGUAUCACAGAGAUGCUGUUUAUUCAAGGCACUAAGAAUGUUAGAGAUAUCUACUUUUGUGACCACACUUGUUAACUCGGGGGUUUGUUUGGGGUUUUUUUGUAUGUGUAUUUCAUGCACCAGGAAGGUGCCAGACCUUUCUGCUGAGACUGUAUAAUUUAUUGGUCUGGUGAUUUUUUAAAAAGAUAUAUAAUUUAAAUAUAAUAGGUAUUAAUGUAUAUAAUUGUAUUUUGGCAUUAUGUAAAUAUGUAUUUUUUUCUAUAUUGUUUAUAUUAAUAUUAUGCUUCAGAUAAUACUAUUUUUUUCUUAUCACAGUUUUUAUAAACUGUUCUACAUAAACUAUUUUAAAUUCAAUGGCUAACAGGACUGCUGCAUCUAGGGCGGUAUUGGCAUGACACAGGAAAAAUCCUUUAAGGAGAACCUCAUUUUUUUUAACUAGUUCAGUGUUUGUGAGAUGAAAUAAGCUACUAUUAAGCAAGGGAACAGUAGUCCUGUAUAGGAGUUACAAUGCUACUCUACACUUUAAACUUACUGCUUUUCAUCUGAGAAAAAUGGGUAUAACCUGUAACACAAUGGCAUACCUUUUACAGAACUCAGUAACAACUGAGCAAAACAGGGUUCACCUCACCGGAAGCAACCAUUUCAGCCUAAUGUAACAUAGUAGAAAAAUAUUGAACAACAUAUGCUGCAGUGAAGUCUAACAGACCUAUCUCCCACCACAUACUUUGAGGGGAGACAGGUCACAUUCUGAUUUCUUUACACUGGUUUAAGAGAGCAGAAUCAGACCACAACCUGUCUGUGCGUUUUCAUGUGUGAAUAAUUAUAAUUAAGAAAAAUGUUCAAAAAAUGCCUCAGACAUUUGUGUUAACAGACCUGUGAGGAUGUGAAGUCUGACAACUUCCUUAGCUCAUUAGAAACAAUGUUGUACCAUGAGAGCCAAAAAAGUAGAUAGAUUGCAAACAUGUAUAUCUCCAACAAUUAACACAACUGGCUUUAUGCUGCUUGCUCUCACAAAGUUUGGCCCCAGCAUGUCUGCAUAGAAAGAAUCCUCCACAUGAAUGUUGCAGGCAGCUCUGACAUAGUUUUCUUAAGAAAUCAUUCCAAAGCAGAACCAGCAGGACUAUGCACAUCCAUAUCACUCUGGUCUUCUUAGAGAGAAGGAAACAGCCCAAUAGUCACUCUUCCUUCCUACUCAUCUGGAGUCUCAUCCUUUCUUGACCAAAUAUCCUCAUAUGCCUCAGAAGCCACCCUUCAUAUCAGCUUUCACAGCUGCUCAAAACGUGGAAGCUUGGUUAAUCUUUUAGGUGUUUCUGUAUGAAAAUACUGCUCAUUCCUCCUGUACAUCCUCUUUGGCACCACACAAACCCCAAAAUCCACCACCCUUAAUUGGAACUGAAAAAGAAAGGACCUAGCAUUAGAGUGGAAGACAUUUUCGCAGGGGAGAUCUAAGCAAAACCACAAAGAAAUGUGCAGAGUCCUUUUUUUCUCUGUUUCCUUUGCUAGAUUAACUAGGUUAGCAAGCAAGGACAAACAAGCAUGGCAGCUUUACAUCAACUGUUGACUCUGCUAAUAACCGCUGGACUUAAGGCAUCAUAAAAACUGCUGUUGUGUUACAUGUGCUGCAUUUAGUCCUUUCUUUUUUCAGGGAUAGCUGAGGAGCAAAGGUCACCAUGUUAGUUACCAGCACAUGUUAAUUACACUGUGAAGACAUACCAAAUGUACCCUAUAAAUUACUUCACACUAUAUAUCACUUUGUGAUUUUUUUAGUGCUGAGGGAAAUGGAACUCAGUAACAUAUGAUCUGAGAGCAAAAGUCUGAUUGCACACUAUGUAUGUAUGUUGUGCAUCAUUUUCAGAAAGACGCACAUCAUUCUACUCUUUAUCGUUCUCAGCUCCCUUGUCCGCACCUACAGAGUUCACGCAUGUGUACCCAAAACAAUAAUGUCAUAGCAGACAACUAGUUUCAUCUUUUCUCUCAGCUAAUAAUGGACACAGUUCAUAAGCAUCUUCCUCUUCAUCACUUAUUAAUGUGACAGAUGACCUUAAGUGCUCUGGCAGAGUGCUCACAAGCAGCUUUACAUCUCUGCCCAGCUAGGUCACACAUAAGACAGUACACACACAUUAUUGCUCUGGUUCUGCUCUCUAGCCAAUUCUGCUCAUAUGAAACCAGUGUAAAUCCAGUGAGAAAAAGUUAAAAGUAUCUAUGUAGCAUUUUAUUAAUAUAAAACACCUACAUAGCAGUAUAAUUAAUUAUAUUUACUGUGCCUCUAAGCUGAAUAACAGGACUGAUGGGAAAUUGUUAAUGUAACAAGAAUGCAUUUGAAGGAGACCGUACUGAACAGAGACAAGUCUUAAGGAAAAAGAUAUCUUUUGAAUGUCCAUGGAUAAUGCUCAGAAUUCCCUUCUUGAUGUUUCCCAAUAACAAUGUUAUAAAGCAAGGCUAGUGUUGUAGCAGAUCCAUAAGCUACGAUUUGCACACUUGGAGCCCAGUCCUGUGAAUCUCUGGAUUGUCCACAAAGCUACCUGAGUACUUUCACGAAAGUCAACUGGAAUGCUUGCCUGAAGAAAAUACCGUUCCACUUCUGAAGCACUUGCAGAGUUGGGCUUUUAGGUUAAUUCAAAUUUUUGUAUUGAAAGGUAUUUAAUAAUGAAAAAAUUGUAAUAAACGAGUUUUUUAAUCUGUGCAAUACAAUUACAAGAUCCACUACCGAAUGUAGGGAAAAAAAGGAUUUUACAUAGCUGGAGUUGAUAAAUGAUAUUUUUUGUUACUAAUGGAACACAAAAGUGGGUGAGAGAAGUAGGCAUACUGUGAAGAUGUCAUAAAAGUGCAACUUUAUACAUUUUUCUCUGCUGCUAUAGUUAUUUAGCAAUAAAUAAUGCCUAAAAUUGCCAGAAAUAUUAUUUUGUGCCAUGAUAUACUAUGAAUUUCCUUUCAGUUGUAGAACAGAGAAAAGAAAAUGUGUGAGCUUUAAGUUUAUAUUAUGUAUUGUAUAUGGUUAUUUACGCUUUAACUUUGAAACCAGAAGUUAAAUACAAGACAGAGAGGAGUACAUGAGCACUUAGCCAAGCUCCUCAGCCUGGGAUUUAAUAUAUGGGAUAGUAACCAUCUAAUCACUAUAUUAGCAUCUCCUCCCAGGGCUGCAGAUUAGAGAAAUGCAUCUGACAUUCAGAGAUACUGCAUACUGCAGCCACAGCUUCAUGACCAAGGAGUGGCUUAGCAAGUGUUUAACAUUUAUUCAGAUUUCUUUCCAUACUUCAGACAUACAACUGUAGCAACUCACUGUAGACCCUGUGCCCCCAACUAUCCCUCUCAGGCUGAUAAGAGUCAGACUCCUCAGCUGUUGGUAGCACCACUAUGGCCAAAGAAAAAACCCACAAUUUUGAAAUUUGUCUAGCCAUAAAUUCUUUCCUGGAGUAAAGUGUCUGAAAAAACGUCUUCAGCACAUAUUCCGUUCUCAUAUGCAAUAUAAUUACUUAUAAUGACUUUUCCUAACAAACACUGGAUGAACACAGAACUGUGCUACUAUUGUCAAUUUAAUUUAUGCAUUUAAGUAUAUUUUUAUAUUUUUAACUACAGUCAACAAAAUAAAUAUAUUUGAGUAUAUUUUACACAAUUUUAUAAAUAGUUCAUGAAUAAAACAUUCAUUUUUAAAAAAUCACA